AUGAAUCUAGAGUCCCCAUCCUUUCUCAUUAUAACUAACGUCAAAUAUUUGCAGUUAUACAAAUGCAAUAAAAUCAAGGGUCGAUCUUUGUUGAAAUAUGGUGUAAAAUUUUUUUUUCUCUAUUUCGAUCUCCUUGUGUCAGUCCUCUUUAUCUCAUUCCUCUUUGACCCAGUCCGCAUUGUCUCAUUUCUCUUUGACCCAGUCGUCACUGACCAAGACUUCAUUGUCUCAGACACCCUGGUUCCAGACCUCCUUGUCCCAGUCUUCAUUGUCCUCGACCUCCUGGUCCCAGACCCCAUUGUCCCAGUCUUCAUUGUACCAUUCCUUCUUGUCCCAGUCUUCAUUGUCCUCGACCUCCUGGUCCCAGACCUCAUUGUCCCAGUCUUCAUUGUACCAUUCCUUCUUCUCCCAGUCUUCAUUGUCCUCGACCACCUGGUCCCAGACCUCAUUGUCCCAGUCUUCAUUGUACCAUUCCUCCUUGUCCCAGUCUUCAUUGUCCUCGACCUCCUGGCCCCAGACCUCAUUGUCCCAGUCUUCAUUGUACCAUUCCUUCUUGUCCCAGUCUUCAUUGUCCUCGACCUCCUGGCCCCAGACCUCAUUGUCCCAGUCUUCAUUGUACCAUUCCUUCUUGUCCCAGUCUUCAUUGUCCUCGACCUCCUGGUCCCAGACCUCAUUGUCCCAGUCUUCAUUGUACCAUUCCUUCUUCUCCCAGUCUUCAUCGACCUCGACCUCCUGGUCCCAGACCUCAUUGUCCCAGUCUUCAUUGUACCAUUCCUUCUUCUCCCAGUCUUCAUUGUCCUCGACCUCCUGGUCCCAGACCUCAUUGUCCCAGUCUUCAUUGUACCAUUCCUUCUUGUCCCAGUCUUCAUUGUCCUCGACCUCCUGGUCCCAGACCCCAUUUCUUCAUUGUCCCUCGACCUCCUGGUCCCAGACCUCAUUGUCCCAGUCUUCAUUGUACCAUUCCUUCUUGUCCCAGUCUUCAUUGUCCUCGACCUGCUGGUCCCAGACCUCAUUGUCCCAGUCUUCAUUGUACCAUUCCUUCUUGUCCCAGUCUUCAUUGUCCUCGACCUCCUGGUCCCAGACCUCAUUGUCCCAGUCUUCAUUGUACCAUUCCUCCUUGUUCCAGUCUUCAUUGUCCUCGACCUCCUGGUCCCAGACCUCAUUGUCCCAGUCUUCAUUGUACCAUUCCUCCUUGUUCCAGUCUUCAUUGUCCUCGACCUCCUGGUCCCAGACCUCAUUGUCCCAGUCUUCAUUGUACCAUUCCUUCUUGUCCCAGUCUUCAUUGUUGACCUCCUGGUCCCAGACCUCAUUGUCCCAAUCUUCAUUGUACCAUUCCUUCUUGUCCCAGUCUUCAUUGUCCUCGACCUCCUGGUCCCAGACCUCAUUGUCCCAGUCUUCAUUGUACCAUUCCUUCUUGUCCCAGUCUUCAUUGUCCUCGACCUCCUGGUCCCAGACCUCAUUGUCCCAGUCUUCAUUGUACCAUUCCUUCUUGUCCCAGUCUUCAUUGUCCUCGACCUCCUGGUCCCAGACCUCAUUGUCCCAAUCUUCAUUGUACCACCUUCUUGUCCCAGUCUUCAUUGUCCUCGACCUCCUGGUCCCAGACCUCAUUGUCCCAGUCUUCAUUGUACCAUUCCUUCUUGUCCCAGUCUUCAUUGUCCUCGACCUCCUGGUCCCAGACCUCAUUGCUCCAGUUCACUUUGUCCUAGUCCUCUUUGA